UAUAGCAGCAACAGCCAUGGAGUCGACCGGCGGAGCAGUCCCGAACCAAGGGCAGCAACCACAGCCGCCUGCGGCAGGGGACGCAGCGGUGCAGCCACCGCCGAAGGCGGAGCGCCUGAACGCGGUGUUGCAGCAGCAGCUGAACCUGGAGUCGGUGAAGACCCGCGCCAUCGGCCUCUACAAAGCCAUUUCCCGCAUCCUCGAAGACUUCGACGCCUACGCCCGCUCCAAUACCACUCCCAAAUGGCAAGAUAUACUAGGGCAGUUCUCCAUGGUUAAUAUGGAGCUCUUCAACAUUGUGGAGGACAUCAAGAAAGUUUCAAAGGCAUUCGUGGUGUGCCCAAAGAAUGUCAAUGCUGAGAAUGCUGCCAUAUUACCUGUGAUGCUGUCAUCGAAGUUAUUGCCAGAGAUUGAAGCAGAGGAUAAUGCAAAGAGAGAGCAGUUGCUAUAUGGGUUAACAAAUCUUCCUGUGCACAUGCAAAUUGAAAAGUUGAAGGGUAGAAUUGAUAUGAUUGAAACAGCCUGUGAAGCUGCAGAAAAGGUUAUAGCUGAUGCUCGUAAAGCCUAUGGAUUGGGAUCACGUCAAGGGCCAACUCUUGUUCCGACCUUAGACAAGGUGCAAGCUGCAAAAAUUCAAGAACAAGAAAAUCUUCUUAGAGCUGCAGUGAAUUUUGGCGAAGGAUUAAGGAUACAUACAGAUCAAAGGCAUCUCCCAUCAUCUCUCCCUAGUCAUUUAGUAGAUGUGCUCACUUUUGGUGAUGGAACACAGAAUUUUGGGGACAACUCUGGCGUCUACACAAAAAAUACUCCAUCAUUCUCAUCUAACACUGUCAGCACUCAGGGAGCUGUCAUGCAGACUCCUGGAACACAAUUGAUGGGAAGACCAGCUCCAUCACCCUCUGGUGUCACAGGAACUGCUUCCUUCGACAAUGCAUCGACACCUCCUUUGCCAUAUGCAAAUUCUCCUAGAUCUAGUACAAACAUGAUGAAUACACCAUCACCUCAGCAGCAGACACAACAGCAACAGCAGAGACAGAAAAUGAUGCAAAUUCCCCAACAACAUCAACAGCAACUUCAUGCUCAGCAGCAGCUGAGGCAGUCGCCGUCUCCAGGAGUACUGGGACAGAGCACAAUGUCUCAACUAAAUGAUAUACAGGGGCAAACUCAACAGAAGUUUCAACAGGUACCUGGACAACACCAAAUGCAGUAUUCUCAGCCAUUGUCACAACAGCAGUUUCAGAAUCGGCAAUUGCAGUCUCCACAUAUGCAGCAUAACAUAGCACAAAAUCAAAUAAAUCAAGGAAAUCAACUAAGGAGCCAUUUGAGCCAGUUUAGUGGAGCUAUGAAUAGUGCCUUGUUCAAUGCUGCCCAAUCCUCACCAAACUCUCAAAUGUUAACGAACAUGUCAGCUACAAUGCAAUCACAAUCACUUUUGCCACGAAUGCAGUUUUAUAACAUGGCUGGUGGCCAUCCUCAGAGGAAUCAUCCAUCGCAAAUUAUAAAUGAUCAAAUGUUUGGCAUGAAUGCCUCAAACCCUGCUAAUAUGGUAGCGAUGCAACAGCAGCAACAUGGACCACAGGGUGGCUUUGGAACCAUCCCCACAAGCAAUCAAAACCUGCAACCUGGAAUGGUCAACUUUCCCCAGCAGAGGCAGCAGAAUCAACAGUAGUCGGCAAACCUAAAGGCAAUCAGCGAUUACAGUUGCAGCAAAUGAGGUGGAACUUUGCAAACGAGAGGCCAACGCAACCAUCACCAACUUAAAUCAAGUUUUAAUGCUGACGAAAUGGUUCAGCUGUGGAUUAGAGUCGCCAUAAUGUUUCACCCCUGAUACUCUACACUGAUCUCUAUAGGAGAAUGAGUGGCUUGUGAGCUGAUGCUCUCUUCCAGUUCACAAAAGUGGUGGUAUGAAUUUGGUUACCAUAAAUGGAUGUGGUUGGUUUUAUUUUUCGUUUCAGUUAGUCAGCAAUCCCAAGCACCUGUUUGAAUUAUUACGAUAUAUGGGAUUGAGCCAAUUAAAACAACAGUUGGAGUAAUAUAUUU